AUGAAACUCCUUCUAUCAUUUAUAUUAGUCUGAAUUAUCGCUAAAAUUAGAGCAGCCGGAGUGCUUGUUAAUGAAAGCUCUUAUGUCAUAGAAAUGCUUGCCAACCAAACACAUACAAAUGGCUCAAACACAGACAUUCUGCUCAGAUUGACAACACCAAGCACCAUCAUGACUGCAAAUCAGUACAUCACUAUUGCAUGCAUCGACACAGGGUUUUACAACUACUCACUAUCUGAAGACAAAACUUCACUUAAAAUGUGGACUGCAGAGUGGCAAUGAGAUGGCACUUGCACAGCUAUCAGCCAUAUUACAUCGUUUACAUGGAGAAGUGGAGGCGCUGCUUAUACACACGCUGGCUACGUGUACCACACCACAGAGGCAACACCUCAGAUCACAGCCAAACUGCCAAGCACGAAUCAUGAUACUGAGAACGGAAAUAGUCCUACAUUGUCGCAUUACUUCACAGGGAUGACUCCGAGUCUGCUGAGCCAAUUCGGACUGCCGAAUCAAAGCCAAAAGUUCUACUACAGAUGAUUCUCAAGGUUCGAUAAUGCAGCAUCAGCACUAUUUGAUGCUGCUGUUGCCAAUAUUCCUGCAACUCUACCUAUAUCUAGCAACUUUACUCUGGACGGGCAUUCACUGGGGAUGGCUUCGGUCAUUGCUGUGUUUGGAUUGAUAGUCCCAUCAUUAAUGUAAGAGUG